ACUUAAUAGAAAAAUACGUCGUCUCUUCCGAUAAAGAAGAAAGACCUGACACUAGUGAAACCAUCGGUGUGAAGUCCAUGAUGUGGACCAUAACCACGGUGGUACUAUUCCUCCUUGGGGGAAUGGCUGCUGGGUUGCCUGAGAUGCCAUCGGUGGGCGAUCUGAUUGAUGCUGUAGGAGAGAGGCCCUUCAGAUCACUGAGGGAUUUGAAUGACUAUACAAAUAGUCUUCUUGAUCUUGCUAACCAUCAUAUGGCAAGGUCUUUCGCAGCAGAGACGCGACGAUACAAAAGGGCCUUUGAUGAGACUUCAAUUGUAAUAAGUGGUACAGCAGGAUUUGGCACGGGAUACACGUUUGCCAUGGACGACUUGUCAAAGUUUAAUUCUACAAAUCUUCUUGGUGUGACCAAACUAACGGUGCAUGAUGGCCAAAACAACGCAUACUGGAUUUUGACUUAUGACGGGGCUCAAAAGCAGCAUGCUGUAGUUGCAGUUGAUCCAACUUUGAGCUUGUUGAAACUAGUAACCACUUUUCAAUUGCCUGAAUUUCCAGUCUUGGGAGAAUGCGAAGCCUACAUCCACAACGGAGUACUGUGGGUGGUAAUAUCGAGUGUGGACAAGAACAUGAUCAAAACGCUUAGUGUGGACCUACUCACAUCGAAUAUGGAUAUGCCCCAAGUCCUCCAAGUAAAUGGGAUAGUAGGGGGGAUGCAUCUAUUUGAAGAUGGUGCCAGUUUGUAUCUGGCGACUGGUAUAAGAAGUGCCAUUAAACAAGAGUUGGCACCAGACUCGAGUCUCUACAAACUAGUCGGUCAUCACUUCGAUAGGCUGGAUGAAAUCUCAUUCAGAUGUCGCAAUGUGACUAGCAUAACUGGCUUCAAAAAUAGAGGAGAAUACUACUUGAUCUUUGGCACAUCCAAUGCUGGAGGUUCCCAUGUGUACAAGUUCAAUGAAGCCUUGAGUACCAUGUAUUUAAGCCAAAUACUAAAUGAGGUGGAAGUCUCUAGCACUGCAUACUUCUAUGAGCGGCAAGAGGGUAAACACUAUGUAAUCCUGAAUACUGGUGUUGAAGCAGUUCUCUACCGCUUUGAAGGGCUAGGAUUUCUCCUAUGGCAAACUCUGGAAACGCAAGCCCCCAUACCAGCUAUUACAAGCCUCGAGUCUUUCACGCUUCCAUCACUUGAAACGAUUCUCAUGACUUCCCGUGGAGAUAGUGUGACCUUUUACUCGGAUGAUGUGUAUGGUUACUUCAAGCUUGCCUUCGUAAUGCAAACCCACUGCCAAUCCAUACACAAUCUGCUUAUGAAAAAAAUGCGCAACACUUAUGUGAUUGUGUAUGUCUGUAAUGAAGGUCUAGAAAGCAGCCUCGACUCUAGAGAAGUGAUCAUGGAUGAAGUGAAUUUAGAAAAACCGAAAGACAUGGAAGACCUUCUUCUAGACUGCCUCAUUGACUUGGAAGGAGACCUGGAAGCAAGGAAACCAACUGUAUCUUGGCUUGAACAGGCCAUUGCAGAUGAAGUUGUGAUGACUAAUGAUGUAUCACAGACCUGGCAAGAAACGCAAGUCUUUGCAGCUGGUCUGACUGUUACUGGCACAACGGGUAUCCUCCAGACUGCAACUAUAAACGGCCAGGGUACAACACAACCAAAUGCAGAAACUUUCGACGAGUUUUACUCCAAAACUGUUACCCUGGAGGAUGGUGUAGAAGUCCUCGGUGAUAGCUUGAGUGAUGUUUUGUACCUCUCGACAAACCAAGUACUUUCUGGGUCAGUUGUUGCGUCUGUCAUAACUGCAGACAAACUAGAAUCGAAUAGCACACGGGUCACAAAGUUGAAUGAAAUGCCAGUGCUGGAUAUGUCAAACACCUUCAUGAUUGAUGGAAUAGACCAGAAUAUAAUGUCUUCCAUGUAUAUUCAUUCACUAGAGACAGAUGUCUUUUCUACAAGAGAGCAAGGCUCCUCUGCAUCUAUUAAUAACGUGCUUACCAACCAGUUCAUGAGAACUUCCGUAACUUCUCAAGAAGUAACGGGUAACCACCACUACAGUGACAUUCUUGUAAACCACAUCCAUGGCAAGCAGGGUGAUGGAUCUCCACUCUCAAUUAAUGGCAUAGACACCAAUAAAAUUGUUACUAAAGGAAACAAUUUUACCUUUGUGGACAAGAAAACGUUCAAUAGCCUGACUGUUCUACAGGAGUUAGAUGUCCAACUUGUCAAUGACGUCGACCUAUCUGAUCUUUCAAGCCAUUUGGUGUACAAGAAUACAUUCAGGCACCAAAUACUGGAUGGAUCUUUUACUCUACAUGAUGUAAUUGUGGAUGGUAAUGUUGACGUUAAAAACAUCAAUAACGUGGACAUGAAACAACUGAAUACAAUGGUUGUCAGAACUUCUGGAGACUUUACAUUAUCUGGUGAUGUAAACUACCAAAAUGACUUCCACGUGUCUGGAAACCUGCUCAGCCCAACACUGAAUGGAAUUGUUAUGGAUAACAUAGUAGAUAAGGAUACUACUCACAUUAAUGGUCUCUACACCUUUACAAAUGCUAACGUUAAAACGGCUGUUGGCUGCUCCAACAUCAAUGGAAUAAAUCUAAGUGCUGAUGUUGUGACCGUCGAUGCUGACCAGACUAUAUUGGGUAGUCUAACCUUCACUGACGACGUGUUAGUGACUGGCCCUGCUGGAGUAAGGAUGCUUGAGUCGGUUACCAUUAAUAAUAUCGACCCCUAUAGCCUCGAUAAGAUGGAUGACCAUGGUAACCUGUUCGUAGAAAGGGAUGUGGUCUUUAGUGCACCACUUCAUGUGACAGAGGACGUAGAUGUUGAUGUUGUCAAUGCAUUGGCACUGGAAGGCAUGGAAAACCGUUACUGGAGAAAGAGCACUGAUCAAGAAAUUGAUGUUUUGCCACUUAUUGGAUCUACCACUUUCAGCAAGCCUGUGACGGCUAAGAACAUUAACAGCCACCAGAUGGCAGACUUUUUGUCUGUAACAGGCUCCCAAACCAUCAAUGGAGCAUAUACCUUCCAGGGAUUGGUAACUGUAGAUGGAAACCUCCAAGUAACGGAUGGCAAGAAAAUCGAUGGUGUCGAUGUAUCAUCACUGCAUGAUAACUUGGUAACUCUGUCUGAUAAUCAAGACAUCGAAGCAGAGACCUCAUUUGGGAAGCUCGCCAUAUUGGGUGACUUGGUGCUGAAUGGUGACCUCAAUGGAUGGGAUGUUGUGACCGAUUUUGUACGGCUUGAUCAAUCCCUACCUCAAACUGGGAGCCUUAACUUCAUUGACAAAACUACUGCAACAUCUCUGCAGCUCUCUAGUGCAGACAUUACUGUUCAGAGCCUUAAUGGAAUGAAUGUGCAGGCUGCUGCAGAAGAUUUGGUCUUGGUAAAUGAAGACGCAUCACUUGCUGGGCCCCUGAAGUUCACAUCUAGCACAACAGCAACCAACCUCCAUGUUAGUGGAUUGGUUGACGGCGUUGAUGUGUCGGAUCUUGUGGACCGCAGCCUUAAGAAGACCUCUGCUACACCACAAGCAGUAACAGGGACCAUAACCGUAAAUAAGGAAGUUCACUUUGAUCAGAGCCCAUCUCUGGCUACGGUUAACGGCAAGGACUGGACCACCCACCUCGACAAGGUUGUGCCACAACACUACAACGGAGCAAUUGGCGGAAAGAAGACCUUCACAAAGCCAGUUUCUAUAUCUAGCAACUUCAACCCAACCACCAUAAACGGAUUUAGUGUAGCUCCCCUAACAGACAGAAUACUGACCAAGAGUACAAGCCAGGUUGUUGGCAGCAAGUACACCAUCAGUGGGGAAGUUGUGGCUACUAAUGUGGUUGCAGCAGAAAUUGAUGGAGUAUUGGCCUCCAAUCUGCUCCUCAAAGACGAAAGCAGUUCAGUGGCUGGCAUUGUGGAUUUUGCUGAGAACUUGAUUGUUGCUGAUGUAACAUCCGAUUCAGGAGUUCUUGAUGGAUGCAAUUUAGUUCAGUUGAACACCUCAACAAUCUGGAAAAACGCCAAUGAAGAUGUGGUGAUACCAUUCAACAUGGCAGUAACUAAUCUUUUGGUAAAGAAAGAAGCAACUGCAAAUGCUGCAGUAAAAGCUGGAACAAGCAACAUGGAUAUCUUCCAUUUCCUGGAUAAGCUAGUAACAAAGUCUUCUAACCAAGAAAUAUCUGGCACUGUGGAAUUCGUGAGUGACUUGUCUGUGAAUGAUCUUGCAACAAACACCAUAGAUGGCACUAAUGUAGACUCUCUCUAUGCAUUGACUGUUAUGGACAAUGAAGCCAGUGUAAUCAACUGUAACACCGACUUCACCAAACUUCUGACGGUUGGUAACCUGAAGGUAAAAACCUCCCUGCAUGGAUCUGGUGUUGAAGGGGUGCUGAUAGAUGCAAUGAAUGUGACGGAUGUAAAUAUCCAUGCAGUCCACUUGACAGGUGGACCAUAUCUGAUAACUGGCGAUAAAACCUUCAGCAGUGGUCUUUCUGUUGGAGAACUUGUUAUUUCUGAAUCGUUAGCUGGAGUACCUGUAGCCAACUUGGCAGUGCUCUCGGAGAAUUCUGGACCCAUUAUGGAUACCGCCUUCAUCCCUCCUACUGACCUAGUCUUCAAAGCACCUAUCUUGAUAAAGGGAGAUUUAGAGGUAAAAGGGCUGUUGGAUAAUGUAAACCUUGAGCAGCUCCUAUCUGACAGGAUCAAACUAGAUGCUACUGAAACUUUAAGCUCGUCUACUAAAUUUGAUGGAGUGAAAGUGGAAGGUGACCUCCACGUUGAAACCAUAGAUGGAGUCCUGGUGUCGGAUAUAGUCUUUAAGUCGGGAAGGGUGCAGCAAGAGAUUGAAGGAGUUAAAACCUUUACUGGAGGGCUACAUGUAGUGGGUGAAACGCAGGCCCCUGUGAUAAAUGGAGUAAAUAUUCUGGACUUGAACAAUAAUGUAGUCCGGAAAGACCGGUCAGCAACAAUAACUAAAGAACUGGUCUUUGAGAGGGCAUCAGAAUGCCAAGUAGAUGUGUUGGUACAAGGAGAUGUAAAUGGUUAUGAUCUUUCUGAAACUGACUACAAAACCUCGGUACUACAAGGAAAUAUUCAAGCGGCAAAUGACCGCUUGGUUAACCUCAACUCUACUCUCUCAACAAUCCAUGUUGAGACCAAGCUACUAGCCUGUGGAAUGUAUGAAACCUACCACUUUGGAGAAAAAAUAAAUGAUAAGGCCAUAUCCAUUUCUGGAAGAAUGAGUUAUGGAACAUUUGGAGGUGCUUCGGUAAUGGCUGUGCGGGAAUGCAGUGACUACGAAUGCAAUUGCCCUAUGCAAUAUGCUCUCUACGAAGUUGAUGAUAACGGUAGUACAAGCCACAUAGAGACGGACGUAAACUCUGCUUUCAUCUUCAGUACCGAAGGUUAUGGAGGCACUGGAAUACUUAGCAGCUGUGCCAAUGGCGGUUCAAGUACUGUAAAGCUGUUGCUGAACAAUAUAGAAACGGACCUACCACAAGGAUCAACACUAGGGAUUAUUGCAGACGCAAAAUCCUUCAGUACCAGUGAUGGCACCUACAUAGUGACCGCAGGUGCAAUUUCUAACUCGAAUACUGCUACAACAAAAGUCAGUGUCUUGAAGCUGCGAAACAAUGCCAUAGAUAUAACUUGGUCUCUGGAUACUUCCUAUAGUGCUUCAACAUUGGACUUGACUUUGGGAGACCAAGGUUGGCUGCUGUUAGUAGCUAACUUGAUGGCAGCAAAUGAUACUGUUGAUCCCUUCAUGGCACCAUCACAACUCUAUCUCUGGUCUACUGCAGAAGAAAAGUUCACCCUUGUUCAAGAGUUUAUGGGUCAACAUGUGACUUCGGGUAUCUUUUUGAAUUCGAGGAAGAAUCUACAAGAAAAAUUCUUUACUCUGGCCCAGUAUAAAACGGCAAAAUCGCAAGUACAGGGAACAAAGUCUAAUACAAAAGUGCAGGUGUUCAAGUACUUAGACUCUGGUUAUGUCCCAUUCGAGAGUUUACCAACAUUUGGAGCUAUUGCCCAAACUUCGAUCUCCAUAGGAGAUGACCUCUACUUGGCAGUACUUUCAGACUUUACAAAUACCCUAGAUGUCUAUGAACUAUUGCCGUCUGAGGGAUUCCACCUGCAGCAGAGCAUCGCCGUAUGCGAGACUCCCAUUGACAUGAAGAAGAUUGAUAAGACUGAAGAUUUGCUUAUUAUUUCUUGUGCAAACCCAAGUCGUAUGAUAACCAUAAGAUUAAAUGCCAAAGGAUACUCUUACAGAUCAUAAGUGAAGUGUGGAACUUGUUUAUUUUAACUUUUAAUAUAUAUAUCUAUGGUA